UAAGUGUGAAGCAGGGCAACGCUUGGUGGACCAACGAACGGACGGGCGUGCGUGCACUGCGCGAUGGAUGUGGAAGAGCGGGGGCGGGGGAGGGAGCGGAGCCAUGCCCAUCCAUGGCUGGAGGAGAUACCGGAUGGAGCCUGGGCCAAUGGCACGCCCCGCUGGCAGCGCUUCGGCCUCCAGCUAUUCCGGAGCGUCGAGCCUUUUCCAGCGCAGCAGCUGUGCACGUCAACCGCUUCCGCUUCCGCGUCCUCCUCCGCAUGCUCGUCUCUCUUCGUCCUCGUCCUACUCGCAGAGCACGAGCUCGAGCAUUGGCACGACGGUGUUGCGUUUCGGUGGCAUCUGAUGCGAGCUUUCCAUUCCGGGAGCGAGAGCUGCCAAUUCCCCGGGGGUCGCAGAAAGUGAGGUAGACCUGCUCGAGCCCGCCACACGCCAUGUCGGAAUCCGAGGGAGAUGACGAUGGCACCGAGGUUACUGACGAGGAGGAGGCCCCUCCGUCGUUCACGUGGUCGGGGUUCAUGAAGGACAACGUGCCGCAAGGAGCCGGCGUGGCGACCUAUUCCAACGGAGACAAGUUCGAGGGCACGUACGAGAACUCGAAGCGCAGUGGCCGCGGCAAGUACACCUUCAAAAACGGAGCUUCGUACGACGGCAUGUACCAGGAUGGUGUCAAAUCCGGCUUCGGUGUCAUGAAAUAUCCGGAUAAGAGCAGCUACGAGGGAUAUUGGGCACAAGACAAGAAGAACGGAUCGGGCAGGUACAAGUAUGCGAAUGGGGAUAUGUACCAUGGUGAGUGGAAAGAUGACGUCAAACAUGGAUUUGGCAUGUACCUGUUCGAGGAAAACAUGAGCCAGUUUCAAGGGACCUGGAAUGGAGGCUCUUUUGCAGAUGGCAAAUGGAUCAUGGAAAACGGAGAUGUUGUUGAAGGAUGUAAAUCUUAACCACCCUUCUGUUCAGAGUCUGUGCCGUAUGUUUCCACCUUACUGAACUUUUUGAGCGUGUAUGACUCUCGGUGCAGUUUGAAGGAAACUGGGACAAGGGAAGUUUUGUUGACGGCCAGUGGUUGAUGGCUAAUGGAGAUGUGUACCAAGGUACUUUCUCUAAAGGUAAACCUGACGGCCCCGGGGCCUUUAACUUCUCUGCCUCCAAAAACACUCUCGAAGGUAAAUACGAAAAGGGUAAAUGGUCGUCCGGCGACUACAUUGCUAACAAGCCAUCGCCGCCUCUCAUGGAUCUUAACAACAUGUCUGCGUCACCGACGGUGCCUGCACCUCCUAAAAUCAACUUCAACAUCCCUCGCAGGCCUGGUCGACCAUGAUCUAUCCUGUGCCGUUCCCCCCAGUGUACUUGACCUGUACUUCAGUCGUACACAAGUGCCCCAGCACAAGUUUUUCCUCAAAUCUGGACAUGAGUGGAAGGUUCUGAACUCCACCUGGAGCCGGGCAUAGUAUAGUUAAAACCUCACGAACAAUGUUGCGUAGCGUGUAAAGAGUAAUCAGUGCCCUUGCCUGUAGAGUAACUCAAGUGUUUGUAUCCAGUUUCAAGUUACAGACAGCCAUUCGUGACGUACAGGCACCUUGUUGUGUUGGACAUCCUCACCGGAUCCCUGUCGAAUUGACUUUAUCUGAUCUCCAGCUCUGUCUCCUAUGCUUGAAUCUGAGCCUCCACGCCGCGGCCGGCCUUCCAAGUUCCAACAUGCUUGACUCAAUUCCACAGCAGAUAAUGUGUUUUACAGUGGACGGUCCAGAGUGACUAGAAGUGGACAUUCUUGAGUACCGGCUUUUUUGCGCGCAAAGUCCACUCGC